UUGUAUAUUACGCACUUCAAACAACGUAAUAAAAAAAAUCAAAGAAUUGCAUUAGCUUAACUAUAUUUUUGGCAAUAGGAGAAUGUUAAAAACAAUAUCAAUUAUAGAUAUUGUUAGACAUGCUGAAGUGAUCGUUUAAUUUUCGAGUGCCUUUUCAAUUAGUUUGCUUUUAACUUUUGGUAUUAAAGGAAGUCUUUAAAAAAAUCUAUUGGUUUUUAUCUUCAACUAAACCAAAUACAUUUCUAUCAAGUAUUUUUGUCUAUUCUAUUAAUAAUAAUAAAUCAGAACGAGAAAUAAUUUUAAGUCGAGGUUAAAAUGCGUAGUAAAUGUAUUUAUGUUUUAAAAAUACUUGUGCUGUGGUUCUGUCUAAUAAGUGAUUUGCAGGGAUCGAUCAGUGCUAAACCGUAUAAUAAAAGCACUUCAGUAGCCUCGGCUUCUCGAGAGUUGUAUAAACGUUUUUUAAGAACACAAUCGUUACCAUUUGAAGAUUGUGGGUCUCAGUACGAUAUACUGUAUCUCGAUAUAUCAUGUUGCAGUGAAAUACCUUGUCAAAUGAAGAGAGGUACUAAACCGACAGUCUAUGUUAUAUUUGAUGACGAAGGCAGUAACACUACUCUAUUGAAACAUCAAGUGCGCUGGGUAUUUAAUGCCAUAAGAACUGAAGCAUCAAUAACACCUGAUCCUUGUGAUGGAAAUUUGGAAUGUUUGAAAAAUAACAAUGACGGAAAAUCAUAUUGGGCCACUAUAAAUGUGAACAACACACUACCAACGAUUAGCGGUUCUAUGAUAUGGGAAGCAGCUGAUGCUAACAACAAUAAUGUAAUUUGUUUCAAAGUUCCAGUUGUCGUUAUUAAUUAAAAAGUGAAAGUAUUAUGAAAGCAAAUAAAAAUGUGUAUUAAAUAUAA